AAGGGAAGAAAGCGCUGGAGUGAGGCGUAGCGAUGCAUUCCGCCACCCACGCCGCACACCAGACGCAACAGCACGCCAUGCGUGCUCGCCAGAGCGACGACUUGCAUAGUUCACGGCGCCGCAGCGGUGAGUGCGAUGGGGUGGAGUGCGUUCACAUGGAAGCCAGCCCAGGGGAAAGAGGCAGGCAGUGCAGAGAUGCGUAACGCAUGCUGCGUCGAAUCAUGUCUCUCUCUCUUCUCCUGUCGUGCCGUUCUCUCAGAACACCCCGUCCAUCCCCCUCUUCCCGCCAGCAUCCGCCCCGCACGAGCACCAGCAGCGACUGCCCGACGCCCCUCUGUCCACCACAUGACUUACCAAGGCAAACAGAUCAAGGUCACGACCUACGGCACCCGUGAGGAGGCCAUCGCGGCCAAAGAAGAGGAGGCGAGGAAGAAGGCGGCGGCAGAGAAGGCCAAGAGGGAGAGGGCAAAGCGCGCCGAGGAGUGUCAGAGCACCGGCCUUCCCCGGGGUGGCAGGGGCGGCCACGCUGCCCUCACCGGGCCGGCAGGGCAGCUGGCGUCGGCCCUUGACAUUGACCGGCAGCUGCAGCUGGCCGGCGCGUGGAUUUCGGGACUGCCAGAGAGAAGCGAAGUCAAGGCCAGGCUGGGAGAGCGGUGGGAGCAGCUGGCUGAGCUCCACGUGAGCACAGCAGUCGCGGCGGGGAGGGACGAGAGGGCGGCCGUGGGCGCCCAGGUCAGGGGGCUGUUUCAGUGGACACUUGAGGCAGUGAUAGUUGAGAAUGUCUUCUGCGGGGUGACAUGCGCGAUCAAAGGUACGCACACACGCCCAUACAGACAAGACACACACGCAACCAUGCCUUUCAUGCGGACGCCUCUUUCAUUAUUCCUCUCUUAUGCGUCUUCAGUGUUUGGCGAACUCAAGAAGGCCGUCAGGACGGGGGAUUGCAGCGGCAGCCGUGACAGGCGCAGCAAUGGCCAGUCUGUGCUCCGCCCACAGAAGACCGUCAUCGCACACGACACCAGCCGUGCCCCGCGCAACCACCUCCACCCACCCGGCCGCCCCCAGCCGUCCCGAAUCCCACCCCCCAGGUCGCCCCCACGCUCGCCAGAUGCCAUCGAGGAGAUGGAUCUCGACGCCCCCGGCGAGGGCAAGGAGGCGGAGGGAGGGGCCGAGGAUGAGCGGCACCAUGACGACGGGUAAAUAGCGUACCACACUGCCAUGCAAUCAAGGACAAGAAUCACGUGUCCUGCCUGCCUGCCUGCAGUGCGCAUGGUGGCGAGGAUGGUGCCGACGACACCGACGACCAGGAGCAUGGCCCCCAAGCGCCCGACAUCGAUGCUCCCGUCGCAGCUGCAGGUCCGCCCCCUGGCCAGGAGAGAACGGAGAGGAGGAACGCGACGAGACCGACGAGGCUGCUGACGCCGACGAGGCCAACCCCGAGGCUGCGAAUGACGCUGGGGAGGCUGACGAGAUGAUGCAUGACGAGACCGAGGAAGAAGCUGGAUGUCGCGAGGGCGGUGAUGCGUUGGACGACGCGCAAGACGAUGAUAAUGCCGAUGAUGGGUAAGUCGGAUGAGAAGAGAAGAAUCCACAGACAGACAGACAGACAGACCAUUGGAUCACCCUUUGUCAUUCCGUUUCUCGCUUGCCUGCAUCCCUUCCUGCAGGUCUUCCCCUCCUCGCUCACCUCCCAGGUCGCCCCCCCACUCGCCCGGUGAUAUCGACAUGAACAUCGACCCCCCCUCGCCCCCACACGACCCAGAAAACGGCCAACAGCACGACGGGCCGGGCCCAGAGGAGUCUCCUCAGCUCGAGCAGGAGGGACGGGAGGCGCAUUGCGAUGGCGAUGAUCCCGAUGACGUCGAUGAGGCACAGGCUGAGGAGCUGGAUGCGGACGAGGAAGAGCGAGGGGGUCGUGAGGCUGCCUACAAGACUGCUGCCGUCGGUCAGCAGGUGCGUGAGGAUGGAUUGAUGGAUGAAGGCCACCAUGCGGGCCAGGACGACGCCCGCGACAACCGGCACGGCCGCGGCGGGUACGUUUCUGCCAAGUGGAGGAGGAGAGGGGAGGAAACAAGUUCCAUCCAGUGCAUCUGUCCCUUUCUCUGCGUGCAUGCAGCCCUGGUCACGGUGACGAGAAGAAUGAUGCCGAGCAACGGCCACAGGGCGGUGAGGGGCAAGAGCAGCAGCCCGACCCCAACCAAGGCGGUCAACGCGGACAGCAGGCUGAUGACGAUGACGACCAGCAGCAGCCGCCGGGCGGUCAGGAGGCUGCCGAUGGGCAGGACGGUCCCAGGUCCCUUCCCAUGUCGCCCCCCCACUCGCCAGAAGCCGUCGACAUGAACAUCGACCCGCCUUCGCCCAGCCAAGAGGGUGGCGAUGGUGAGCAGCAGCGGCAUCAGCUGAUGGAUGAGGUUGAGGAGCAGCCCCACCGUAGCUUCGAGGACGACCGUGAUGCGGACAUGGACCGCGGCCGCGGUGAGGCGGCCGAGUCGCCUGACGAUGAUAAUGGCGGACAGCCUGACAUGGACCCACACAAUGACGGGUACGCAUGCGUCAGCAGACAUCACUCACCACCUCUCUUUGCAUGGUCCCUCUUCCCUCCCUGUGUGACUGCAGUGCUGACAGUGAAGGCAGUGAGGGUCAGGAAGCUGGCCGUGACGGCGAGGGGCUGGGUGACGGCCCGCAUGACCAGCAGCACGACGACGGAGACGCCGAGGCUGGCGGUGGUGGCUCAGUGGGCGAAGAUGAGGCUGCUCCUGCCGCUGAUGGCAGGUGAUAAGAAAUGCAGGAGGUGUACAUGCCAGCAUUUGAUCACCCCCUGUCGAUUGGUGUCUUUCCUACGUGCCCUCCUGGCUGCAGGCCCUUCCCUCCCCGCUCACCCCCGCCCCCCCACUCGCCCGGCGGUGAUCUCGACCCCCAUUCGCCCCCACACGGCCAAGACAACGGCCAACAGCAUGACGGGCCGGGCCCAGGCGAGGCGCGUUGCGAUGCUCACGAUCCCGAUGACGUCGACGAGGCACAGGCUGAGGAGAUUGAUAUGGGCGAGGAGGGGCAGGAGGGUCGUGACCGUGACGCCGGCGACAACGAGGUGCGUGAGGACGGGUUGAUGGAUGAAGGCCACCAGGCGGGCCAGGACGACGCCCGCGACAACCGGCACGGCCGCGGCGGGUACGCAGCUGGCUGGCAAGUCAAGAAGGAGAGGAGAGAGGGAGGGAGGGAGUGCAUCCAUCACCUGUGUGUUUGUUGUCUUUUCUGCAUGUCUGCAGCCCUGCCACUGGCACCUGCCGCCACUCACGCUCUUCCAUCGCCCGCGGACUCCGCGAGGAAGCGGCCCCUGCGGCUGCAGCGGCUGCCGCGAGUGUGGGUGGCGGCCAGAGGCCGCGCGAGAGGAUGCUCAUCGACGACGAUGCUGCCCAACCCAAACCGCCGGCAGGCACAGCAGCAGCAGCAGACGAUCGUAAGGACGCCAAUGACGAUCAGCGUGAGUGUGCGGACGGGCGCGGCGGGGAUAUGGCUGCGGGUGGCGCUGGCUUCUCGCGUGAGGACCGUGAGGGCCGUGGCCGUGCCGGUCGUGGUCGUCGUGUGGACAGGGGGGAUGGGAAUGAUGGGCAUGAUGACUAUGAUCAUGACGAUGAGAUGGGUAUCGGUGAGCGGACAGACCACACACCACGUACGUGCGUCGAUCUGUACAUACAUUCCCUCUCCCUCUCUCUGUGUGGUGUGGUGUGGUGUGUAUAUUUAAUUACUUAUCCAUGCAGACCUAGAAGGCCCUGCAGCUGCAGCAGCAGCUGCAGCUGCAGCAGCAGGAGGUGCUGACGACGUUCUAGUGCCAUCACCAGAUGGCGGCGAAUUCGCCGGGUAGGUACCUCACGCACCCACACGUCGAGAAAGGCACACGUACGUACAUUGAGACAAACGACUCUCGUCAGAUAUCUGCCUGUUCUUCUGUCUAAAGGGUCCCUCCCUCCAUCCUUCAGCAGCCUGACGGCGACCUCGAUGACGAUGUGCCGCUGGCUGCACGCCGCAAGCGCCGACAUCGAGAGCCGGCCGACACCAUUGAUGGAGAUCGCCAGGAUGGCCGUCCAUCGCCGCCCAAGAGGGCCCGUCGUGAGGCUGCCCGUGGUGCUGGUGCUCGUGCUGCUGCUGCUGCUGGCGGUGGUGUGGAGUGGACUCGCGACGAGAAGGGGCGCCUGAAGCGCCUGAAUUAGCCAGCCGCCCCUGCGUUCGUGCGUGCGUGUAUGGUGUUCAUUCGAUGUGGGCGUGUUGGGGGGGCAGUGUGCAUAGUUGGCCGGGUGCGUGUGUGGCUGAUGGAUGAUGCAUGUAUGGGAGCAGGGGAGGAUCGAUGACAUACAUACACACAUGUAUGGCUUGACGGUUGGUGGAGUGGUGGAAAGAGAGAAAAGGAGAGUGUACAGUAUCCCGGCAGAUGUGUUGGGUGGGUGAGCGGUAGGUGGGUGGAUGGAUGGAUGGAUGAAUUAUUCACCAACCAAGUGGUACUAUAAGGAGGGGCGCGCCAAGUGCCAAUCCCGCCCCAAUACGCACACGCACAUACACGACACAGAGAGAGGGAUAGCCUGCAUCCAUCCGAGGCUGUGCUGCUGAUUGUAUUGCCAUGUGUGUGAGAAUGGGUGUCGGACUGUGUCGUUCGCCUGGGUGCUCAUUGCGGUUGCAUGCACAUGUGAGGCCGUGAUGCUGAUGUCUCACAUUUAUGCUCUCAGUGGAUGUGCUUUCCUUUGAUGGCCAUUUAACAAACUGAUAGGGGCCAUCUAGUGCCGUGUACAUGUACCUUGUUUGUGAGUAGACUGCUGCCUGGCUGUCCUGCUUUUCUUUGUCUGGGCUCGUUUAGUGUGAUUGGUUUAUCUCAUUCAUCUACGGUGCCUUUUUUCGUGCAUGUGCAUGGUGUAUCGUGGCCUGCACACACAUGCCUUCACCUACAUCUCAUCCUCUCUGUGUGUGGCCACCCUCUCUCCCCCUCUCUCUGUCACACCUGCCUGCAUUCCAUCCAACCAACGCACACAAGUACACAGUACCCCUGGCCGAUGUGCUAAGCACGCCUGUCUUUGCAUGUGUGCGUGUGUGCGUGUGUGUGGCAUGGUACAGGGCAGGGCGGCGAGUACUUAUGUAAAGAUCAUUGAGUGGCGGGGGUGAGUGGAGUGCAUCCAUUGCAUACGCAGGGUGGGCUGGCAGGCAGAACAGACACACAGACACACACCCUGCCUGCUGCUGCCUGCCUGCCUGCCUGCCUUUCUUCCACUCCCUGUGCGUAUGCUCGUAUGCACACAUAGAUACCCUCCCCAGACCGGCUGUGUGUGGUGCUUUUCCGUGCCUUUGUGUGUGAAUGGCGGCUCUGUGUGUGUGCCGAUUGUGUGUUAUACAUACGAAUGGACGGCUGGCUGUGUUUGAGCGUGUAUACAUGGAUGUGGACAGUGUGUUCGUUGACGAUGGUUGGGCAUGGUUGCACAGAAGAGUGGGUGAGCAUGGGAUGGAUGGAUGGAUUACAG